AUGUCCGAUCCAUUGGCAUCUUUCAAACCGGCCUCAUUCAGUGAUGACCCAGAAAUCAUCAAAAAACGGGAACUGAUCGAUUACUCGACCCAAAUCACGCUGGAAGCCGCGAAAUCUGGAAAUGUUUCCCGCCCAGUUCGUGUCUACGCAGAUGGUGUCUACGAUAUGUUUCAUUAUGGUCAUGCCAAUCAAUUUUUGCAAAUCAAGCAAGCUCUUCCGAAUGUUUAUUUGAUUGUUGGAGUCUGUUCGGAUGAGGAAACUCUGAAGUACAAGGGGCGUACUGUACAACCAGAAGAGGAAAGAUACGAAGCGAUUCGUCAUUGUCGAUAUGUGGAUGAGGUCUACAAAGCAUCUCCAUGGACUUGUCCAAUUCCAUUUUUGAAGGAAUUGAAGGUAGACUUCAUGUCCCACGACGCGCUUCCCUACACGGGACCACUAGGCGAGGAUAUUUACGAGAAACAUCGAGAGGCUGGAAUGUUCCUGGAGACGCAGAGAACUGAAGGAAUUUCGACAAGUGAUUCGAUUUGUCGAAUUAUCAGAGACUAUGAUACAUAUGUUCGAAGAAAUCUACAGAGAGGAUACACGGCCACUGAUUUGAAUAUUGGAUUCUUUACGACAAGCAAGUACCGUAUCCAGGACACAAUGGAUGGGCUGGGCGAAAUGGGGCGUGGCCUGCUUGCCACGUGGAAAUCGAAAUCCGAUUAUUUGAUCGAUGGCUUUGUGAAGACGUUCGCCGGAGACUCUACUAAAAACCAAUCACCAACAGCGGCGGAGAAAAAUGAAUCGAUUGAGAAAAAUCAAAUGGAAAAUAUUGAAAAUUGA